AUGUCCAAGCCGCCACCUAAACCAGCCAAGCCAGGGCAGGUUAAAGUGUUCAGGGCCCUGUACACAUUUGAGCCCAGAACGCCAGAUGAGCUGUACUUUGAGGAAGGAGAUAUCAUUUACAUUUCAGACAUGAGCGACACAAAUUGGUGGAAAGGAACUUGCAAAGGGAGAACUGGACUAAUUCCAAGCAACUAUGUGGCAGAGCAAGCUGAGUCUAUUGAUAACCCACUGCAUGAAGCUGCCAAACGUGGCAAUCUGAGCUGGUUGAGAGAGUGUUUGGAUAAUCGAGUUGGGGUCAAUGGCUUAGACAAAGCUGGAAACACAGCUCUGUAUUGGGCAUGCCAUGGAGGCCAUAAAGAUAUAGUGGAUGUUCUGUUUACCCAGGCAAACCUAGAAUUAAACCAACAGAACAAAUUGGGAGACACAGCUUUGCAUGCUGCUGCAUGGAAAGGUUAUGCAGAUAUUGUAGAGAUGCUGCUGGCAAAGGGAGCAAGAAUAGAUCUGAAGAACAAUGAGAAGAAACUGGCUUUAGACAUGGCAACCAAUGCAGCCUGUGCUUCCCUCCUGAAGAAAAAACAGAGUGCAGGUACAGUCCAAACAUUAAGUAAUGCAGAGGAAUACCUUGAUGAUGAAGACUCCGAUUAGUUUUUUUUGUUCAGCUGAAAGAACUAUAACUUAUGUUGCCUAUGUCGUUCCCAAAACAUACCUUUACAACUGU